UGCCCCCAGCCAAUGGCAAAUGGGUGAGUCACAACGAAGGAAAUCGGACGAACAUUUAGUUCUGCUGCUGCAUAUUUUACAUUUUGUUUUAUGUUCACACGGACAGAAGUGUCACACUGACUGUCGGCGAGCUCUGGCCUUUAAAUGGACAGGUUCAGAGACGGAAACGUCACAUUCAGGAAGUAAACAACGGUAUCGAAGAAGAAUGUAAAGACAGGACAAGAAGGAUGUGCUCCACUAAAAACAACGCGGAGCUUCAGCCUUUGCCCUCAGACCCAGCUCUGAUCCUGGAGCUGAAGACCAGGCGUCCUCUGUCUCUGGAGGGGCGGGCGGGAUGUGAGACGUGGAGCGUAGACUUCUCCCCGGACGGAGCCUGGUUUGCUUGGUCUAUGGGACAUGGCAUUGUGUGGGUCGUUGCUUGGCCGCUAGACUCUGAAGACAGUCAACAUGAAGACAUAGACAGAGAGGACAAGAGCUUCAGCUGUGGACAGCCGGUGUGGGGGCUUGCAUUUGGGCCCAGACCUCCAAAAUCCACUGCAGCUUUUUCAGUGAAAAAAGCAAAAAAGGGACAUAACAGCACACUGCUGCUAGCCACUGGCCUGGAAAGUGGCGUUAUUAAAAUCUGGAAUGUUUUAACAGGUGAUGCUGUUUUUGAUCUCCAUGGGCAUGAGGGUGUUGUCAGAAACCUGAUAUUCCCUCAAAACGGGACUCUCACACUCAUAUCUUCCUCUCGAGACAAGACCUUAAGGAUCUGGGACCUGACUCAUAAAGGUAAAAAGGUGCAGGUGCUGUCUGGACAUAAGGACUGGGUCAGCUCUUGCUGUGUGUCAUCUGACUGCAGUAUGAUCGCGUCUGUUGGAAGAUUCGACAGAAUGGUGUGUUUAUGGAGCCUGCGGUCUUACACAUUCAUUAGAAACCUAAGCGGGGGCGCGCAGAAGACUUUGUACCUCCUGUCCUCAUGUGACUUCUCUCCUGAUGGAGCUCUCCUGGCCACAGCCGCCUUCAGUGGCUCCAGUUGGUGGAUUGACCUGUGGGACCCUUACACUGCAGAGAAACUGUCUACUUUAGUUGACUACUUUGAAGAUUAUGGACAAAAUCAAAUCUCAGCCAUACAGUUCUCUCCCAAUGGCCUAUACUUGGCAAUAGUCACUGAGGACAGACCACUACGAAUCUGGGAACCUGGCAAGAAGGGAAUGGUGAUGCAGGCAAAAACUGACCGAAGAUCCAAUGGGCUGUGUUGCAGUUACCAUCCAGAAGGGGGAGUGGUUGCCACUGGGACUAGGGACGGCCAUGUGCGGUUUUGGCAUGCGCCCCGAACAGUGCCCAGCCUGAGCCACCUGUGCCGGUCCAUCCUGCGCCACUCCGUAUCCACCCACCAGAUGGAGCCACUACCUCUGCCCAAGAGGAUCCUGGAGUACCUGACCUAUAGAAACAUCCCGGACCUCAAAACCUGCUGCUCUGAUGAUGAGUGGGAAAACUAGAUAGGAAACAACCUUUGAUGCAAUAAUUGAAAAUAGAGCCAGCGAUUGUUAUUCUUACAAUGCUUUUUUUGGUUUAACAAGAUGCUUUAAACUUAGUUAGUAGAGAAAAGCAUAUUAUAAUAUUCUAAUUUAUAAUAACUGCAACCAUAUCAAAAACAUAUUGCACUACUAUUAUACAAUGAACAUGAUGCAAAGUUCAUGGUUUAUUACUUGAAUCUCACUUUAUACUGUUAAUUUAUCAUGUAUAAAAUAGGGAUUUAUACUUGUACUACAUAUGCACUGUUACCUUUGCGUAUUAAUGUUAAUAAUAAUAACUCACUGCAAAAUUAAUGUUUUAUUAAAAGAAGAAGAAUGCAUUUCACAAAUACUGAAGAACAUUGGUGACAUUAGUUUUUUUUAGGCUUUUUUUUUUUCCUUGUGUGAUGUUGAAUGCUGCUCUAAUCCAUGUUUUUUUGAUGUAAAUCAAACAACUGUCCAUCCCACCUCUAAGCAGCCUCACUGGUCACUAGGUCCCGUACUGCCUGGAAAGCUGCAACCAUGGAGCUUAGUUGAAUCUUCUCAUUGGUUCCUGAGGCCAACCUGUGUCUGGAGAGGAGUUACAUUAUGAUAACCCUGAAGUUUAAAAUAACACCAAGAACUUUUCUGAUGGGGGUCUGCCAUACAUUUGUGUCUAUAGAGAUGCACACAAAUGUAAUAACAGAAAAGCAAUAACAUGUCCAUGAAGGCAACUAUCUUUUCUCUACUAGAAAAGACAAAGAGUGCACCUUUUAACUCAUAAAUUCAGGGUUGUGUUUUUAUAUUAUUUGUUAGAGACCAUAGAACAAUACUAAUAUGUCCUUUUGUCAACCAUAUUUUUAAAUAAAAAAAAAUAAAAAAUCACUUACUCAAUGUCAGCCAACUUAAUGAGCAGGCCCAUCCGAAUGGAAGGUGGGAAGUCAACUAAAAAUAAACAAAUAUAUAGAUUUAUUUC